UGGUCGUCUGUAAUAGGUCGUAAGACAAGAGUUGAGUGGCGUUAACGCUAGUGAUUUAGUCAUUCAACAGUGUGUAGUGUGAACGCGCGCGUUUUGCAAUCCUCCCGCCAAAAGAUUCUGACAGAUAGUGUAGUUAUAUUUUUUUUUUAUUGUGACCGGCCUUAUAAUGACGUCUGUGGAAGCGAAUAAAAAUGGACCUGCCCAAACAUUGCUUGAUAAAGCACCUUGGACGGACGAGCAAGGCAUCGGCAUGAAGGUGUACCAUGCCGUAUCCAUAGCCAUCGAGAUCAUGGUGCUGUAUGUGAAGAUGACCCUAACCUGGAUAUACUGCAUCUACCAGUUCUUCGUGCCACCUGAACCCAAAAGCGUGAAAGACGAGGUCAUAAUGAUUACAGGAGCCGGUCACGGGAUGGGCAGAGAGAUGGCGAUGCGUUUCGGCCGACUCGGUGGGAUAAUAGUGUGUGUCGAUAUUAACGCGGCUGGCAACCAGGAAACCGUGGAUAUCAUCAAGAGAGACAAGGGAAGAGCCUUCAGAUUCGAAUGCGAUGUCACAAACAGAAAUGCAGUUAUCGCAUUGAAAGACAAGAUUAGCCGCGAAGUGGGUGACGUCACAAUGCUGAUAAACAACGCCGGUAUCAUGCCCUGCAAGCCGCUUAGCACGACCAGUGAGGAGGCAAUACGCGGUGCAUUCGAGGUCAACAUUAUUGCUCACUUCUGGCUACUCCAAACUUUCCUACCUUCGAUGAUGGAGAAGAAUCAUGGGCAUAUCGUGGCAAUGUCUUCCAUGGCCGGUGUCGUUGGACUCCGAAACCUGGUUCCCUACUGUGCUACUAAGUUCGCAGUUAGGGGUAUGAUGGAAGCACUACACGAGGAAUUGAGAGAAGAUAAGAAAGACUACAGUGGAAUCAAAAUGACGAUAAUCUGCCCAUUCAUAGUCGACACGGGACUCUGUAAACACCCAAAAAUCAAAUUUCCAUCCCUUUUGAAAAUACUAAGCCCACAAGAAGCAGCUGACAAUAUUGUUGAUGCCGUCCGCAGAAAUUAUUACGAGAUCACCAUUCCAAGUUCACUAUAUUAUAUCAACAUGAUCUGCAGAGCUAUGCCCCGUGCUGUGCCUUUGUACCUUAAAGAUUUCCUGGAUUCAGGUUUAGAAGCGCAAUAAUUAUACAGAUGUAUACGUCAUAUAAUAAGGAAAUAAUUAUUAAGUGAUUAAGACCAAUUAAUUUAUCAGGAAGAUAGAAACGAAGGAGUUUCUCUUUGGCAAAUUACUUUCAGGUUCAUGUUACGAUUUGUAAUUGGAAGAAAAAAGAAAAGCACCUAGUGGAAACUGGUUGAAGACACUGGCCAUUUUUUAUCAGGUUCUAUAGGGUUUAAAAAAGGCAUGUUCGUAAUUUAAAAAUAAAUUUAAACCUUAUAAAACCGACGCUUUUCGUUCUGAUCUGAAAUUAAUAAGCGCGAUAUAACGAUUGUAUCUCUGUUACAAUUAGAAACUGAUUUACAGUUUUGUGUACCAGGAAUGUGUAUUCCUUAAGUUUUGGGGUCUUAAGUGGUUAUGUACUGUGGUAUGUAUGUUAUGCUACUGAAAUUAGAAAAGACAAUAUUUCUGUACAUUGGUGGUGCGUUUUGAAAUUAAUAUAUUCGUAUACAGGUUAUGGGCCCAGUCCUGAUUUUAAACUGAUGAAAAUAGACAGGGGACAAUAAUGUCAAUAAAUUUUAUAAUUUCAAUUAUAAAAUUGAAAGACAAUAAUAGCAGCUAGGUACUCAAUUUAAUAUACGUAUUUAAUAAAUAAAAUAAAAAUCAAUAUGUUAUUAUAUUGACCUAUUGCUCAAUAGAUCUCUAUAAUUCUUGUUGAUAUUUUUUAUUAAUUGCAAAUAGUACUGGACUUUUUGAUUUUUAUAAUCUGUCUAAAAUAAGCCUACAUUUUAUGGAAAUAUUGAAGAGUUUACUUUAGUCUAGUACUAAACAUAAUCUCAGAUUCUCGGUAGGUACUUAUUUGUCGAGUUUUCUUUUUAUUAUACUUAAAAUUAUAAAAUGUAAUAAAAAUAAAAUGGAUAUAUUUUAUAUUCAGUCCCUAUUUUAAUAAGAAAUAUUUUCCUACUUUUUAAUACUUUAUAAGCAAUAUAAGUGAUACUUUUAAUGCCUAAGUAUAAUAUAAGUUAAUUCAUUAAAUAUUGUAUGAAUGUGUACCAUGAAUAUAUUAUAUAUUAAAAUUUUACAUAUUUACAAGUCUUGCCUCGAAAUAAGCUCAAUAUUUUGAUAAUAUAGUUAGCCAUUCCAAUUAUAAUUUUAUAUACAUAUUCGUGUUUAUAUAAAUACAUAUAUGAUAGACAUGUAAUGUGCCAUUAUACUAAAAAGGAUAUCCAAUACAUAGGCAUGACCAGAAGAUAUAAAUGUUGAACAGUCAGUAAGUAUACAUGUUUUAAGUUUUAUAAAAAUAAUUGUAUAAAACUCAAAAUAUGUAUACAAUUUACUAAAAUACUGAUCCAUAGACUUAUUAUUAAAAUAGAGAUGAUUAUUAAAAUGUUCUAAAUAAAUACAUAUCAUAAUUUUAUUAGAAAUUAUAAAAAAAAAAAAAUAUUAUUUCUUUAAUACGAAAUCAAAUUUUGAUUAUUAAAUUAUUUAUUAUUUUUAUCUGGUCGCCUAUGUGUAGUAUUUUAUUGUACAUUUAUUCUGUUUCAUUGUGUGAUAAUUAAAAAUUUUUAGAUUAAGGUUGUGAUUGUGAUGUUAGUGUACUGCAAUACAUGAUACAGUAUAAAAACCAAAUACAGUAAUUUAACUCUUU